CGUCAGUGUCUGUUUUUAAACUUUUUAUGAGCAUCAGUGCAGAGAUUAGCUUGGCUCGUUGCUAGUUAGCCGCCGUUGUUUUCCCACCAGCCGAUCGUACCGAGCCGGGUUUGCGUUAGCUAGGCUGGUUAGCAUCUUGUCGCACAAAUAGAUGAAGGCCUUUUGUUUAGCUAAUACCGGGUAAUUUGUUGUCUUUACAGGCUACUUUACCAAGCUAACGUGAGAUUUCACGAACGACUGUAUUUUUGAACGGGGGAGGGUCGUGGCUAUUGUCAGUCUUAGUCUGCGUAGUAGUGUCUAAUGUGAUGUGAACAAGUGCAAUGAUCUUGUUUUCUAUUUAGGCUAGCUGAUCAGUUAGCUUCUCCUGCGGUCUAAGGCUAAAGCUAAGUUGACAUUAAUGUUGCUAGUGAGAACAUAGCUGUGUUAGCUAAAUGCGUGCUGCUCACGUUUAACAGAUUAGGGAAGUCUUGAUGUUCUGAAGGGGACAUGAAGAUGGGGUCAUGAAGGAUCCUGUGACCACUUAAAGAUCCAUCUUUCUACAUUUCAACCAUUCAAGAGAGCUUUAAGGACGUGAGUGAGUGGUACCCCUAAGCCAGCGAUGUCACGGGUUCCGACCCCUCCUCCUCCUGGGGAGAUGUCAAGUGGACCUGUGGCAGAGAGCUGGUGUUACACACAGGUCAAAGUAGUGAAGUUUUCCUACAUGUGGACCAUAAACAACUUCAGUUUUUGCAGAGAAGAAAUGGGAGAAGUGCUAAAGAGCUCAACCUUCUCCUCUGGUCCUAAUGACAAAAUGAAAUGGUGUCUGCGAGUUAAUCCAAAGGGACUUGAUGAUGAAAGCAAAGAUUAUCUAUCAUUGUAUUUGCUUCUUGUUAGUUGUCCAAAAAGUGAAGUAAGAGCAAAGUUCAAGUUUUCUUUAUUGAAUGCUAAACGAGAGGAGACAAAAGCAAUGGAAAGCCAAAGAGCAUAUAGAUUUGUCCAAGGUAAAGACUGGGGUUUCAAAAAAUUCAUAAGGAGAGAUUUCCUCCUGGAUGAAGCAAACGGGCUCCUACCAGAUGACAAGCUUACCCUGUUCUGUGAGGUAAGUGUUGUCCAGGACUCCGUUAACAUUUCGGGACAGUCAAACAUGAACAUGCUGAAGGUACCGGAGUGUCAGCUCUCUGAUGACCUGGGAAACCUGUGGGAGUGUUCACGCUUCACAGACUGCAGCCUCUAUGUGGGAGGACAGGAGUUCAAAGCCCAUAAAUCCAUCCUUGCGGCAAGGUCACCAGUCUUCAAUGCAAUGUUUGAACAUGAAAUGGAAGAAAGUAAAAAGAACCGUGUUGACAUAAGUGACGUAGACCCAGAAGUCUUUAAGGAAAUGAUGGGCUUCAUCUAUACAGGAAAGGCCCCAAAUCUGGAAAAGAUGGCAGAUAAUUUGCUGGCAGCUGCAGAUAAAUAUGCUCUAGAGCGUUUAAAGGUCAUGUGUGAAGAGGCGUUGUGCAACAGCCUUUCAGUUGAGAAUGUGGCCGACACCCUUAUCCUUGCAGACUUGCACAGUGCCGAGCAGCUCAAAGCACAAGCCAUAGAUUUUAUCAACAGGUGCAGUGUCCUGAGACAGCUGGGCUGUAAAGAUGGAAAGAACUGGAAUAGCAAUCAUGCUACAGAUAUAAUGGAGACUGCAGGCUGGAAGUCAAUGAUCCAAUCCCAUCCUCACUUGGUAGCAGAGGCCUUCCGCGCUCUGGCUUCAGCACAGUGCCCACCCUUUGGUCUUCCCAGAAAGCGUCUAAAACAGUCCUGACUGCCUGACUGUGCCCCAGGACUUUACUGGAGGUGUGAAUCAUGGGUUUACAAAGGAAGGACUAGGGAGGGUAACACUAUUAUUUCCACCAAAACUGAACACACUUGAAUAACAAACAGUGGAGCUUUCUGGCAGGGAAUGUGGGGAGGCUGGCACAUGGACGACUCGCAUCAAUGGAUUGGGGGGAGGGGGGUUGGUUUGGUCGAUCAUGCUCGUUUGCUUUGCUUCCCCUACUGAAAUCUGUUCAGCCUGGGUAGCAAGUCAAGCUAUCUGCUACUGUGUUUUCUCCUGUAAUUUUAAAAAUGGCCUUAAUAUAUCUGCCAUUGCUCUGGAGCUUCCCUAGAGUACUUUGUCUAUUUUACUCUGUGCCUGCCUUGUCACAAAGACCAGGCCUCCUCCAGGUUGCACUAGUUCCCAUGAAUAGUCAUUUUGAUAUGGAGUUCUAUAGGAACGUAACAAAGGUUUAACUAAAUGGGAAAUAUUAUAUAUUUGUAAUGUUUAGCCUGUUUUGUGACUAGACAUUAAAAAGCAUGAACACUUUCAGUGCAAGGUCAGUUCUUUACACUUUUUAAAAGAUGUGUAUGCCCCAUAUUGAUGGCACCAUUUCUAUGUAAAUGACAGUUGAACCAUCUUCAGAAAACCAGUGUACAAGAAAGUCUGUUCUAUUGCGUAUUUGUGGGGGGAAAAAAGUAAUCUGCCAUUAUAAAGAUCCAGUGUCAAUCCUAAAAAUAGAUGUAAACAUGGAAACGUUUCUGUACCUUGGCCCCAAUACUGUAUAUAAAAACAUGGAGGUAUAUGGAAAUAUUUACUCUCCCAUUUGAAUGACAUAAUCCAGAUCAUACAUCUGUGAACUGUUAGAUUCAAUUUUGAGAAUUUUGUUUUUCUUUAUUGCCAACUUGCAAAUAUAUAUUCUCAAUAUAUUGUGGUUAACUAAAAGUGGAGAGACAGAUGCAUGGUCAUGUUAUUGUCAAAGAAAGUGUCCAAGUACCAAUUUUUUAACAAUUUAUUUUCUGCAAUUAUGUGACAUUUGUGCAGAAAGUAUGUGCAAAAAAAAUUCCUCUAACAUGCUUGGAUAUUUGUAGGAUGCUGAGCAUCACCUCUACUGGCAAUUUUAUUCUGUGUCCGAAUGGGGAGGGGGGUUGUCAUGUUUAUCCAGUCCGUCUUGUAUGUAGUGUGAUGUGACAGACACUUCAGAAGAUUUUGAAAAUUUAGAGUAGCGUCACUUUUCCAGGAUGUUACUCAUCAUUCAGCAUUUCGUUGACUUUUUUUUUUUUUUUUUUUUUUUUUUGGUUG